GCCACAUCACCUGGUGACCUGUCUCUGCUGGGACCCGCAGCCCUGCCCAUGCCAGCACGAGGUGGACCUGCCACUGUGGGUGCUGCCCUGGCUCUGUCACCAGCUGGGGACACAGGUGAAGGGGAGCUGACUCCACAAGGGGAGGAGGGCAGGGAGCGGUGUCUGAACCUUCCCCCAGCAGCCUGUGUGAGCCACCUGAACCCCAAGCAGGGGACGGUGCUCCAGCAAGGCUGUCCCACCGCUGUCCCCUUGUCCUGCUGUGUUUCUCCAUGCCAGCCCCUGGGGACAGGGAAGUGACCCGACAGGGCUUGACACCCCGGGUGUGCUGGGCGUUAUGGGGGGCAGAACGUCCCCUCCCACCCCCCAAAACAUUUCCCUGCUGCCCAAAGUCCCCAAAGUGGCAGUAUAAGCCCCGCAUUGGGGCAGGGAGGAGAUGCCCACCGGCAGCAUCCAGCUGCACGGUGACACCCAGAGCUGUCCCCGCCCUGUCCCCCCUCCUUGGCAGGGCUCGGGGCGGCCAAGGAGGCGACCGUGGGUGGCUUCAGGCCCUGCCAGGAGCGGGGGGGACGCAGAACAGAGCGAGGAGGAGGAGGAGGAGGAGGAGGAAGGCCGUCGGUGCUCCAUCCCACCCCCUGCCUGACAGGCGAAACGCAGGCGGCUCCCCGCGGCCGCGGCUCGCCCCCACCUCCCGGCCCUCCCCCGGCCUCUCCCUGUCGCUGUCACCGGUGGAGCACGCGUGACACCCAGUGGGCGACCCACGGACUGCAGGGCCGGGAGCCGGGGACGCCCCGAGCCCAGCCCCAGCCGGGGACCGGCCCCGAUCGCUCCCCGCGGCGCGGCCGCUCCGGGCGCAUCCAGCCCCAGGACGGCCCCGGCACCCCCCUGGGGUGGAUCCUGCGGGGGCAGCCUGUGCAGGGCUUCACCGCCCUCAUGGUAAAGGGUUUCUUCCUAACACCUCGUCUAAAUCCCUCCUUUUUUAAUUUAAAACAACCCCCCUCAUCCGAGCACUGCGUGUCCUGGUAAAGUCCCUCCCCAGCUCCUUGCAGCCCCCUUCACACCCCCGUGGCCCCUCUCCAGCAGCCCCGAGCAGCCCCCGAGGGCAGCGCUGCGGGGGCAGCAGGGACAGUCCCUCCCUCGCCCGCUGGCCUCGCUGCUUAGGGUGCAGCCCAGGAUGUGGUCAGCUUUCCGAGCUGCUCACACACCCGUUGCUGGCUCGCCUUGCACUUCUCAUCCACCAGCACCCCCGGGUUGCUGGGGGCCGCUCUCAGCCCAUUCCCUGCCCAGCCCACGCUCACCUUUGGGGUGGCCCCGACCCCAGUGCAGCACCUUGCACUUGGCCCUGCUCAGCCUCGUGAGGUUCCUUUGGGCACAGUGAAGCCCUCAGUGACCCCGCAGUGGGGUCUCACAAACCAGGGGGUGGUUUUGGUGACUUUGGUUGUGCAGCUGAGCAGCUGGGGAGCUCCUUCCAGGGGCGUUUGCCCAAGUGAGGGUGCCUCGAUGCCUGCUUGGUGGCUGGGCUCAAGAUGGGUGCUGCAGGGUGAGGUCUGGGACCGUGUUCAGCAUCCCCCCUGUGGGUUGGUUGGGGACCCACAUCACCCGUGGCACAGCCCUGCAGGCGAGGCUGCACUGGGAGGCUGCACAGGCCGAGCCUCAGCCCAGGUGGACACCAAGAAGCUCAAAAUUGUGACCAACGGGGAGCUCAUGGACAUCGCCCAGGUGGGACAGGUAACGCCAGAUUCCACCCAGGGCAUGGGCAGGGUCCCAACAAAAAGCACCGGGGACGAGGUGGCAGACAAGAGGGUGACAACUGGGACAAGCUGUGUCCUGGGACCCGGCAGGCGUGAGGCCAGCAGCAUGAGGGAUGGGACUGUCCCCCUGGUAGGUGACAGAGAGGGCACAGCUGGGUGCUGCAUCUCCUCCUCCGUGCUCCUGCCAGCAAGCUGCUGCUGCGAAGUCAGGCUCAGAGAUUGCCAGGGGACGGUAGGGAUGGCAGGGACGGGGACACAGGGGGCCAGGGGCAGCUCUGCCCUGAAAACCGAGCCACCCGCGUGCUGCUACCUGCUGAAUAAUAGAGGAGCCGGCGGGCAGCUGGAGAGAAACGUGAUCCCGGAGAGCCUGGGAAGACAUCUGAGCUGCCGGCAGCUGCCGUAGCACCCGCAGGGCAGGAGCCUUCCUCCCCGCCGUGCCGUGUGGCCGCAGGGCUCUGUGCAUCCUCGGGGCCGUGAGGAUGAGGAUGGCCGCGUGAGCCGCGCGCAGGAGCUGGCUCCCCGGGCGGUGAGGCAGAAGGAGCCUCCCUCAGCUCAGCCCCCAUGUCCAGGGCGGGGGAGAUGGUUUAUAUCCCGGAUGAUUCCGACUUCAGCUCAUUCAAGGAGCAGUGCGAGAGCCUGGAGGGCUGGCACUGCCACUACAACAAGGCUGGCAUCACCGUCUGGAGCCAGGGCCAGGAGGAAAGCUGCACCGUGCAGAAAAUCAAGACCCGCAUCUCCUGCAAGGACGUCCCCGCCGAGACGCUCUACGACGUGCUGCACGACACCGGCUACCGCAAGAAGUGGGACUCGCACGUCAUCGAGACCUACGACAUCGGGCGCCUGACCGCCAACGCCGACGUGGGAUACUACUCCUGGAAGUGCCCCAGCCCCCUGAAGAACCGGGAUUUCGUCACGCUGCGCUCCUGGCUGCCCCUGGGCGAUGACUACAUCAUCCUCAACUACAGCGUCAAGCACCCGAAAUUCCCUCCCCGGAAGGAUUUUGUCAGGGCCGUGUCCCUGCAGACCGGUUACCUGAUCAAGGCCAACGGCACCGGCGCCUGUGUCCUCUAUUAUCUCACCCAGGUGGACCCCCGAGGGUCGCUGCCGAAGUGGGUGGUGAACCGGGUCUCGCAGUUCGUGGCACCCAAGGCAAUGAAGAAGAUCUACAAGGCAGGGCUGAAGUACCCCGAGUGGAAGCGCAGGCACGACCCCGGGUACAAGCCCUGGGUGUACCCGGAGCAGAGCACGCUGCCCAGCCUCAGCCUGGCCGAGCUCUCGCUGCAGCACGCCGACUCGCUGGAGCGCAUUGAUGAGACCGGGCUGACCGAGGACCACCUGAGCACCAGCGACCACGAGGCCUGACGGGCCCCCACAGUGAGGGGGGGUGGUGGGAAUGUGGCACUGGUGCCCCCCAAAUCCUCCGUCUGUCCUCCUGUGGCAGCCUGCAGCAUGGGUGCUGGGAAGGGGGCAGGACCACCCUGGUGCCCAUGCACUUGGUGCCUGUGGAGAUGUCCCCACGCAGGUAGCAGAGUGGGAUGUGGGAGUGGGUGCCCCAGGGAGGCAAAAAAAAGGGGGGAGGAGACAACAUGGGGUGGGAAGGAGCUUGGUCUUGCUGCUCUGAGACCUUCAGGGUGUGCUCCUCACGCUCCUGUGUGGGACCUGCCCAGGCUUGGCAGCAGCACAGGAUGGGACCGUCCCUCUCUGUCCCAAGGUCCUGCCCUGCCAGUCCCGCUCCAGGUCCCCCCCAGGCUCUGUGUGACCCCCAUCUCUGGGACACCCCAGGUUCCCUCCUGGGCGACAGGUUCACUGCCUCUAGUGUUUGCUGCUGCUGUGGUUUCUGGCACGACAAUAAAGGGGUUGGUGUGUG